AUGCAAAAGCUCAUUAUCUUGAUCGUCCUGGCGGGAAUGAUCAUGGCCCGGACUCAGAAGUCGAAGCCUCUCUGUGGGCUCUGUAUGAACAUUGUGCAGCAACUUGAUGAAGCCCUCAAGCACGGCGACGACGUCGAAAAGGUGAGACAUAUUUUGACUAUUUUGUCAGAAAACUUUUUUUGAGGCAAUCUACAAGUUCUGCAAAGAGGACGUUCCCGGCUUCCUGGUGGAAAUGUGCCACAAGGUCAUCGAGAAGAACAUUGAUGAGAUCAUAGAGAAACUCAAGAAGCACGAGCCCGCAGAGCAGAUUUGCAACGAUAUUUUAUUGUGCCAUGACUGA